AGUUCUGUAAUUAUCUCUUUGUUUAUGGAUUUGAAGUAAGACCGCCACGCAUGCAAUACAUUAUGACUGGGGAUUCCCCUAUUCGUCGACGCUGAAUAUGAGGCGACGACAAUCACUGUCAAACGUGUUCACUAUUACUCUGACUCUGGUAACGUGACUUCCUGGUAACGUGUUAGGUAGGAAAAGCAGUAAAAAAGUGCAUAUUAAGGGAGCAGAUUUGAAAUAAUAUUUAUACUUAACAAGAAAUAAUUAAAGGUUCAAUGGGGAGACCUAAAGAUUUACGCAUAUGGGAGCACUACCGUACUUUACCAAACAAGUCUGUUUCUUGCAAGCUUUGUAAUAAGGUCUACAAAUUCAGUAAUGCUGCCAAAAUGCUUCAACAUCUUAUCACUUGUCCAAAAUCUCCAGAAACAUUAAAAGACUCUAUGAAACUUAUAAAAGAUAGCUCGUCCAAAACCAAAAUGUCUGGACUGUCAGAGAUAGAGACAAAUGAUUCUUUUAUAAGCCCCUCGUCGUCUGCUAACACUACAAUAAAUGCUGAGUUUCAAGACACCGAUGAUCAUAUAAAAACAGAAUUAGCGAGAGCUAUAUUUGUAACAGGGACGCCAUUAUCGAUGGUGCAACAUCCUUUAUGGAUACAAUUUUUCGAAAAAUUGCAACCAAAAUUUAAAAUACCUUCACGUAAAGCUUUAGCGACAAAAUACUUAGAUAAAAUAUAUAGAGAAAUGCGUUUUGAGUUAAAUGAGGAACUAAAUGCUUGUAGUUACUUACACCUUCAGUGCGAUGGCUGGUCUAAUUUAAGAAAUGAAGGAAUAAUAAACUUUCUUAUAUCAAAACCUCAACCUGCAUACGUUAAAAGUUUGAAUACAGAAAGUAAUCCUCACACUAGUGAAUACCUUAGCCAAGAAGUUGAAAAAGUAAUGAAAGUGUAUGGAGCAAAUAAGUUUCUUGUACUUAUUGGCGAUAACGCUAGAAAUAUACAAAAGGCAUUCGAAUUAACAAAACUCAAAUAUCCACAUGUUGUUCCUCUCGGUUGCUGUGCACAUAUCCUUAACUUGUUGUGCCAAGAUAUUGUAAAGAUACAAGAAGUAACUGUGUUUAUUAUGCAAGCCAUAAAUAUAAUAAAAACUGUUAAAAGGAGUCAACGAUUAAGUUCCUUGUUGAUAAAAUCAAGGCAGGGUGAAGAUUCUACACAAACACUAAAAUUGCCUUGUGCUACAAGAUGGGGAAGUCAUGUUACUUCGUUAAAAAGUUUGAAAGCAAAUAAGAUAGCUUUGCAAAUAUUAACAGUUAGAGAAGAUGUGGUAAUUUCAAGAGAUAUUAAAGAUUUAAUUCUAAGUGAUGAUUUCUGGACGAAGACAGGGGAAUGUAUAAGUAUUUUGGAACCAGUCACUGAAAGCAUAUUUUACUUAGAGAGCGACCAGAAUCGUUUGCAUCGCACAUACAUUACAUUUAGAGAUGUACAAGCUAAGAUACGUUUUGCAUUAAAUGAGAUUUCGACAUUGAGCGAAGAAAGCAAACAGCAGAUUCUAACAUCAGUAUCUUCAAGAUGCAAUAUGGCAAUGAGGCCAAUACAUUUUGCAGCAUAUAUUCUAGACCCCAGGACUCUAGGAGUCGAACUUACUCAAGAGGAAGAACUUAAGGGUAUGGAGUUUAUCUACAAUUUAAGCCAACACUUAAGUUUGUCAAAUGUAAUGGCAGAUUUGGCGUGUUAUAAAGCUAAAGAAAACUUUUGGGCCAGAGGAUUUGUAUGGAGCUCAUUAGAUAGCAUUGAGCCCCUAAUAUGGUGGAAAGGUAUUUGUGGUUCCACUGAGUUAAGCAAAGUAGCGAUUCGUAUUCUAUCAGCUCCCUGUACUUCGGCAGCCACUGAGCGUUCCUUUAGUAUCCAAGGCUACAUACAUAAUAACAAAAGAAAUCGACUUACAACUGAAAGAACUGAAAAAAUUUCAUUCAUUUGUUAUAACUGGAAUCUUAAACAUAAAGCUUAAUAAUCUUAAACAUUCAGUUUAAUGAAGAAAAUACCUUAGAAGCUUUCAUUGAGCAAGUAAAUGAACAUAACAGUUUAGACGAAAUAGAGCCUAUCGAACCUAUACAAUUCAUCGCUUGUAAUAACUCUGAAUCUGACAGUGAUUGACUGUAGUUUUACAUUUUACUUUCAUCUCUUUCUUAAUAAACUCAAAAUCAAAUUAAAAGUUUUUUAUUCUGUAGGCUGCAUAAUAAUAUUGUCUAUGUCCAGUAUAGUGGACGUCUUGCGGCUGAGAUGACGAUGAUGAAGUACAAAAUCAUAAACACCCAAAAAUUUGGGUGUUUAUGGGGUUUAAACCCAAUAAACCCAAAACACCCGGUUUUUACCCACCAGACUUUAAACCCACCCAGGUGGAUUGCCCAUCUCUAACCAUGAUAGUUUCCAGGGGGAACCGCGAGGAAGUCGACAUGGUUGGGUAUAUUGCUAGCAAUGGGAUUCUCAGUCUCCAUUACUAAAAAUCCCUUUCCCCCCUGGAGUUAUGGGGUAAUAAACAUAGAAAAUAGUGCAACUGUACUAAGAACCUUCUUUUUUUUUAAUUCUUUUUCGUGGGUUUUCCUAAAGACUACAGGCUGAAUGCUUUUUUUAUGUAACUUAGAAUGGCAAACAAGCUGACGGCCUACCUGAAAAAGUGAUUACCGUCGCCUAUAGACAUGAGCAGUACCGUGGACAUAACAGAGUAUACUGUUUCGUCCAUGAUACUACCAUGCGUUGCCAUUCCUAAGGACUCAGGUGUUAUUCCUCUGUACCCUGUAAAUUCACGCCAUAUCCCACCCUUCAGACCGAAACACAGCCAUGCAAACACAACUGCUUCACGGUAGAAACACGAAUGUGACAGAGGUGGCCAAGCAAACGACUUUUGUACAAAGUCUCCCUGUGGUUCACCACAGAGAGACUUUGUACAAAUGUGUGAUUGAUCACAUGUGUGGUGAAGUGUACGCUUGUUCGCCACCUUUGUCUUAAAAAAAAAUACGAGAGAUCUUUUUUAAAUUACUAAAAGCAUUGUAUUAUUGUAACCGCAUUGUUUAUACAUUCAAGUGUCAUAUGUCAUACGUAAAUCUACUACAAUUGUUUAAAUAAAACAUUAGAGGACGAAUCAAUAGGUUGGUAAUGUUUACGAAUAAUAUAUUAAACGUUUAAAAUCAUCUGUGACGUUAUUUUGUAGGCGGGAGUACAUAAUAUCGUCAUAGUGG